CAUGGAUUUCUCCAAUCGUCCUCCAAAUUUAGCUCUCUCUCUCUCUCUCUCUCUCUCUCUCUCUCUAAAGAUUCAUGUUCAUGGGUUUCUUUCUCUCUAAAAGUAUAUGAGAGAGAGAGAGAGAGAGAGAGAGAAACAGAGUGUGACUGUGAGUGUAAACCACUUCUUUCCUUUAAUUUCUCUUUGCUUCUUCUUCGCCAUCAUUAGCAACAAAGGUAACCGACCCAUCAUCCCCCUUUUAUUUAACUUCCAUUCUCAACAAACCAACCAAAUACCUUCUACUCCAUACUAGCUACCUUCAAUCAUCUUCUUCAUCAAGAAUUAAUACCAUGAAAUGCCAGAUGCGUUCUUCGUUCUUCGUUUUUCACUUCAAUCUUGAAGGAUUAAUUCUGAUUUCUGAAUACGCACUCCCGAUCUGAGCUUUCGGUCUUGUUACUUACUCAAAUAUAAUUCACAGUUUUCGUUUGGCUCUGUUCUUGAAUUUGAUCUGAAUUUCGUAUAUUCGAUCAGAAAUUAAUGGAAGAGAUUGAUCAGGAAUCGAUGAAACACAUGUGUAAAUACUGCAACAAGAGCUUCCCUUGUGGAAGAUCUUUGGGGGGUCAUAUGAGGUCUCAUGUAAUCAGCUCCACUGAUCACCAUCAUCAUCAUCAUCAUCAUCAGGUCGGGAACAAAACUUGUUCGACUGUUCUCGAUAAACUCUGUAAAGAAUGUGGAAAAGGGUUUCAAUCGUGGAAGGCUUUGUUUGGGCAUAUGAAAUGUCACUCGAUCAAACUCUUAAACAACAAGAACAAGAAUAUUGCAAGUCUGAAUCGAGAUUCUUGGAUUAGCUAUUCAGAUAAUGAGAAUUCAGAUGCCAAAAAUCGUCAAAUAAAGAGAUCGAGAAACAGACGAAACAAAAGGUAUAUAGUCGCUUCUAAUGCAACUGCAAUAAUCACAACAGUGUCAUCUUCAAUUUCUUUGAAUGCUAAUAGUAAUCAAAUUAGUAGUAAUAAUGCUUCAACAAGUAUGGUGUCCGAAAUCCAACAAGAACCAGAAACAGAUGUUGCUAUAUCUUUGAUGAUGCUUUCUAGAGAUUUGGGGAAAUGGGGUAAUGAAUUUGAAUCCACCGAUCACUAUAAUUCCUCUGUUUUGGUAAAUUUGAGUAAAGAUUUGAUUGGUAAUGGUUCCAAGAUGAAGAAAUUAGCAGAAACUCAAGUUGGUUUUGAUUUUCUUGGAAGAUCUGAGGUAGGUUUGAUAAAACAUGACAAAUUGGAUUCAGGUUUUGGUGAAUUUGAGGAUUCAAGUAAGAGAAAAUUCGAGUGUGUUACUUGCAACAAGAGUUUUCAUUCUUAUCAAGCACUUGGUGGGCAUAAAGCAAGUCACAGCAAGCUAAAGGGAGAUUUUGAUUCAAAAAUCCAAAACGAAAACAAACCCGUGUUAGAUCACGAUCAAACAAUCAAAGGGUUUGAUCCAAAAACAUCUAAAGGUCAUCAAGAAUUAUCAAGUUUCGAUCUUGGUGUUGGUUGUUUGAAGAAGAAAAAAGUGGUGUUGGGAGCACAUGAGUGUCCAAUUUGCUUAAAGAUGUUUUCUUCAGGCCAAGCUUUAGGUGGCCACAAAAGAUCACACUUGAUUUCCGAAGCUAAAAUGAAUAAAGAAAACACGAAUGUGAUCAAGAAACGCAAUGACCUCUUUUGUGAAACUCGAGGGUUUCUUGAUCUCAACAUGCCUCCUGAAGACGAAGAAGAAGAAGAGAUGGUUAUGAGCAGUAGUACAACAGAGUACAAGUCAUACUUCUGAGUGCUCUUGAAUUUAUGAUGAUGUUCUUGGGUUUUAUCAAGAGUAAAUUACACGAAUGGUCCUUAUGGUUUUGGGUAAUUUGCGCGUUUAGUCCCUAACUUAUUUUUUUAACUCGGAAGGUCUCUACUAUUUGUUUUUGUUACAUUCUUGGUCCCUACUAUUUAUUUUUGUUUAUGCACUUGGUCCCUAUCUUACCUAAAAAUACUAUUAUUUAAAUAAGGGAAAAUGAUGGGGUAGGUAAGGUAAGGUGACGGGGUGAGGUUGGGAGUGUGUUCGAUUAAAUAAAUGAAAAAAAAUCAAGGGAAAGUAGUCUUUUUAGGUAAGACAGGGACCAAGCACGUAACAAAAACAAAUAAUAUGGACCUUCCGAGUUAAAAAAACAAGUUAGGGACCAAACGUGCAAAUUACACCAAACCAUAGGGGUCAUUAGUGUAAUUUACUCUUUUAUCAAAACAAACCCAGAUGGAGAGAGAGAGAGAGAGAGAGAGAGAGAGAGAGAGAGAUGUUGUAUAUGAGAGAGAUUUCAUUUU